AUGGCUAACUUAAAUGGAGAUGAAUCUAAAAUGGCAAAGGUUCUUAAGAGACAACCAGAUUGGGUAUUGCAGAAACUCAGAUUAGAAAGAGAUGCCAUUCAAAUCCCUAAGUCAAACAAGGUUGAAGAAGAGAAGGGAAAAGGUAACUGGAAUAAUAAAGAUAGGACCAACAACGUAAGAAAUAAUGGAGGAAAUCAUGGUAAUAAUGGAAACUAUGGCAACAAUGGUAAUGGGAACAACCGAAAUGGAAAUAACAACAAUGGUAAUAAUGGAGGAAAUGGAAAUUAUCAGAUUAACAACUAUGGUUGCAAACCACCUAUGACCAUUGAAAGGUAUAAAAAGUUGGAUUUGAGUGGGAUAGUUGGAUAUCCAAAUCAGAUUGCAAAUGAUUUAAGGUCAGCUAUUCCUAAAUUCACGGGAAAUGGAACUGAUUCUGCACAUAGGAUGCAGGAGAAUGGUAUAGGAAUAUUCCUGACAAAUGCAUUGGUAGUUGAGAAUCAAACUACAGAAAGAUUGAAGGAUUCAAAUAUGGGGGAUUCUAGUUCCAAGGGUAAGAGGACGGUCACAGAGGUUUCUAAAAGCGCUUCGAAGAAGUCUAAAGGUGGAGAAGGUGUGCAGAAACGAAAGUUGAACCAGGAUAUGAUUAACCAAAUGAGCUCAAUAGGAGCCAAAUCUAGGAGAUCUAAAACAAAUUUGCCCAUCUGUGACCAGCUAGAGGAUGAAUUCAGGGAAAUUGGUGAUAUCUAG